CCGAAAAACCGAAAGAUUCGUGAACAUGUCUGCUCACGAUUGGUGUUGUUUGAUCAUAGUUAUGUUAUUAGUUUGUGAACAUUCUUGCGAAUUAGAAACGGAUUCAAAUAAGCCCUGGGCACAUGGUUUUACUUUUGAGCUAUUGCAGAACCAACUUAGUGAAGUGCGCGGAAGCAUAUCGCAACUAGCAGAUAAUGUUAGCAAACAAUCUCAAACAGUGGCUUUGAGAAAAGAAAUAGAAUUGCUGGCAGAACGACUCAAGACCAUUGAACAGAGUAUGCAAAGAGACAGGACCACCCUAGCCAAUCAGAAUGCUGAUAAGCAAAGCAAACUGGAAUCUCUUCAGAACAUAUUCACGAACCGGCUAGACGGUAUGGAACCAAAAUUAAAUGAAAAAAUGACUAGCGUCCUACAGAGUAUCGACAAUUACAAAGACCACCUGAAAACUCUGGAAGCAAGUGUUAGUAAGGUGGUUUUAGCAAAUGAACAGCUGGAUAAGAGAGUUCAAGCAUUUCAGCAGAAUACCGAUCAGCAAAUGAAACAUCUGAUACAAAUACUGGAACGUACAGCGUACAACAAUCCUAUCGAAACAACAACCAAUAUCUACCAAAAAGUGUACAACUCCUGUGAUGACGUUCCGUCCUCUGGCCUGUGGAAAAUUCGUUAUGGAACCCAAAUUACUUCGACAACAUGCUUUAAGUUUAUUUAAACGACA